AUGCCAGGUUACGAGUCUGUUGAGUUCAGAGCAGUCGAUGGCGUGAUCCUUCGAGGAUGGCUUUUUCCAGCGGAAACCCGUAGCGUGGGAGUUGUCAUGUCUCCUGGUUUCAAUGCAACGAAAGAAAUGAUCGGACUGCCAAGCACCGCCCUCGCUUUCCAGGCAGCUGGCAUUACCGCUCUUCUUUUCGAUCCUCGUGGUGUGGGCAGAAGUGACGGCACGCCUCGCAACAACAUAAACCCAUUUCAACAAGUCGAGGAUUUGUCCGAUGCUCUAGCCUACUUAUCUAGCUGCUCAUCAGUCGACCCGCGGCUGGGCGUUGGUCUCUGGGGUUUUUCACUCGGUGCAGCAAUCGCGAUGGCAACCGGUGCUGUGGACCCACGCGCAAAGUUCGUAGUUGCAGUGUGUCCAGGCACAGAAACGAGCUACGAUAUGGCGAAGCUGCGGAAUGUUUUGAUGAAAGCGGCUAAAGAUCGCGAGUCACGUAUCAAAGGCAAUGGGCCCUUCUACGUCCCUAUGCUCACGAAGAAAGGCGAGAGUCCCGUGGGCUGGGACCCAGGUUUCGAGCAUGAUGCUAUAAUGCGACUGCUGGGCCAGUACGAUGAGACCGACCCAUUGCGUGCAGAAUUGGCGCCCGGACAUGUCAAUCGCACGACAGUCGCGACUUAUCGGCACAUGUUGCUCUGGGACGUCGGCCAUGCGAGCAAGUACCUCACACAGCCAGUAUUAUUUUUGCUUGCGGAGCAUGACCAGGUCAUUCCGGUGGCGAGGCAGAUGGUGCAUUAUGAGGCGUUGAAGGCGCCAAAGAGGCUUCAUGUUGAGAAUGGGGCAAAGCAUAUGGAUAUUCUGGACAGCCCGGAAUCUUCGCGGAAUGUCAAUGAGGUACAGGUGCAAUUUGUGAGGGACGCGAUUGCUGGCAAAAUUGGGAAGUCAGCUUGA